GAACAUGGUGGCGGGACGGAGAAGAGGACCAGGCUUCCUGGCCAGCCGGUGGGGCAGCGAGGGGCGCCCGGGGGGCGACGGGACCGAGUUCCACCUGCCCUUGCCCGCGGAGCCGCCGCCGCUCCGCGCUCGGUCCCCCCUCCGCAGGGCAGGGCAACGUCGCGGCAGCUGCGCCUGCGCGGCCAACGUGGAGCCGAGUGCCCUGGCCGGCACGGUGCGCGGCGAGGUACAAACUUCCCAGCGCAAUGCCCGGCGCCACCCCUCCCCCAAACCCCCACUGGAGCCGCGCCGCGGCGAAGCAGCGCCGCCUCGCCUCUCUCCCAGCGGGUGCGGGAGGCGGUGCCGUCCAGGGAACGGAGCGGGCAGAAAGGAGUCACCGCUUCCUUCAAAAGGGAGGGAAAACGGAGCGGUAACAACCGCCCGCAGCCACCUCGCGGCGCCUCUGCGCCGCCGUACCGCGUGACCCCGUACCCCCGCCCCGCCAGAACGCUGACGGUCUUAAAGCCCUCGUGUGACCGAGUCCUUGUGAGCCGGUGCUGACAGUGUCGCGGACAAGCUUUCACAAGCCGAAGAAUCGGGCAACAAGAGAAUCAUCCCCUGCAGACCUGAGACAUCCCAUAUUUCAGAAGAUUCUAUGCAAACCCUCUACUCAAGAGUGAACAAAAGACUACUCCCACUAGCUGGGCCAAACCAAAAUGACCCAAGCUGUUUUUAAUGAUGAUUCUCCAAAAAGCCCAGACAAUCAGUAAGUGAGCCCUUCUGCAAGAAUAAACAUCAAAUAAAAAUGAAGAUUUUAAACUGGUAAUUUUUGUUGGUGUUUUCUACAGAUGGUCUAUGAGAAACUUUCUACUUCAUCUCCCUCCAGCGAGAUCAUCUUUAACUACAGAAAUCAAUGUGAUGUUAAAAAUAAGCAUGGAGAGGCUAUGCUGUAUGAUGAGCUGAGGAAAAAGAUUGAGACAGUGUAGGGUUUCUCACAUGGAAAAUUAUAAAAUACUGAU